CUGCAGCGAUUGGGCAGACUACCUGUUUGGUCUUUUUUUUUUUUUUUUAUUAUUUUCUAUGAGAAAUUUAAAUACACAGGUGGUAGCGGCAUGUGCGCGCGUGUGGUUAAGGAUAUGUAAAUAAAACAGAAGUGAAACCGUGGCACUCUGUUCUGGUUUCCAGGCGCAUACAGAUUCUCAGACGCAAUGUUUGGCAGAUAGUAGCAGAAAAGACUUUGGAUUUUAAUACGAGAAAUGGCUUACAAGUCAACUUUGGACUGAUUUAGAUUUGGGUCCCACACCUGACGCGCCUUCCAGUCUGCAGGUGCAGCUGCGCAGUCAUGCCUCAGCUCUCGGCCACCGCGGUGCUGCAGCUCGCGCUGCUGCUCUCCGCUCUGCCCGCGCAGUAUAUCAUCACCCGGUGGAGCGGCUCCACGCCGGUGCAGCGCUACCACGCGACCACACGGUUGCUUCGAAUUUGGAAAGAGUGGAAGAAAUCUUUCAUCAAUGGCACUGCAUGGAUUGACUGGGCAAGCCAGCAGAUGUCCAAAGUCCAGUCUUUGGUUGGCUUGGGACAGGAAGUGCCACAAGAGUCGCUUGCCGUAGAGUCCAUGCUUUAUGAUAAUGACGAGGGAUACUUUGGAGCCUCAAAGACAGCGCGGAGCCCUCGUCCUCCGUAUGUGUUUCUGCGGGUUGGAGAGGUGGUGAUGGAGAGGAAGGGUCAUAUGGUUGGGGUGGUGGUGAGCUGGGACCCUGAGAUGCGAGCCCCUGCAGAGUGGGUCGACAAAAUGUAUUCCAAUUUUGAGGGCACCAAAGCAGAGAAGACCCCUCAUUAUAAAGUACUGUUCAGCGGGCCUGGACCCUCCUCUCUGUUUGUUGGAUACUUGCCUCAGACGCAACUUGAGCGCAUCACUGGGAUGAGGCCGGACAUUCCCACCUUGGAGAAUUACUUCACACAUUUUGAUGGGGAGCGGUUCGUCAUGCAGCCCUGGCUCAGAGAGAUCUAUCCCGAGGACGACAAAGUGGACGCCUGACUGACGCUUGGCUGUGCGUGAACAUAUAGGCGACACGGGAUAUGCGAUGUUAAAACCACAGGAGGAAGUUUGGCUAUUGCUUCUCUGUGGGUGUUUCUGACUUUUCAAAAUGUGUCUGAGAGACAAAUCUGGUCUCAAGUUUCUACAUUUGUCAAAGAAAUCUACUGAAAUCUGUCAAUCACGAGUUGUAAUGAGUAGAUACAAAAUGCCAAUAUUUUCUUCAGACAUGUUGACCUGUUAGUCAUCAGUGGUGGAAAAAGUACUCAGAUACUUUGCUUAAGUAAAAGUAGCAGUACCACAGUGUGAAAUACUCUAACAAAUAAAAGUCCUGCUCUUGAAAUCAUACUUAGAUAGUA